AUGUGGCACAAACCUGGCAGGGACCUGCAAAACAAGGCGGCUUCUCUGUUUCUGUUUGUGAAAGGCUGGCACUUGACUCCUUGGAAAGGUCUGCAUUUCUGUCCCAUAAGUUCCGCAAUAUCCCUUCCUAGGCCUCGUGUCGCUCUUUCCCAAGAUCCGCCGGGAACUGCUACGUACCAUUGCCACAUACGGCUUUCAAUACCUUUCCGGUCCGGACGUGAUCCGGACUUCAACGCCUCGCUGACGUCCAACAUCCUGGGCCGGCCGCCGGCGGACAUCCGCGACAAGUUCCUGAUGGGGAAGGAGCUGGGCAAGGGGCAGUUCGGCGUGACGUACCUGUGCACCGAUAAGGUCACUGGCGAGCAACUCGCGUGCAAGUCGCUAGCGAAACGACGCAUCGGGUCGAAAGAGGAGGUCGAGGAUAUCAGGAAGGAGAUCGCCAUCAUGCAUCAUCUGGGCGGCCACCCGCACAUCGUGCAGCUGCGCGGCGCCUUCGAGGACAAGCACAACGUGCACAUCGUCAUGGAGCUCUGCGCGGGCGGCGAACUCUUCGACCGCAUCGCCGCCCGGGGCCACUACAGCGAGCGGGCGGCGUCGGCAUUAUUCAAAACCAUGAUGGGGGUGGUCGACCAUUGCCACCAGAAUAACGUUGUCCACCGGGACUUAAAGCCCGAGAAUUUUCUUCUCGCGGAUCGGAGGGAGGAUGCGCCGCUGAAGGUGGCGGAUUUCGGGCUGUCGUCGUUUUACAAGGAGGGGGAGGUGUUUUCGGAGACGGUGGGGAGCGCGUUCUAUGUGGCGCCUGAGGUGCUCAAGGGGAAGUAUGACAAGGCGUGUGACGUGUGGAGCUGCGGCGUCAUUCUCUACAUCCUGCUCAGCGGCACCCCACCUUUCUGGGGAGACACGGAGAAGCAGAUCUUCCAGCAGGUGCUCAAGGCGAAUCCCGACUUUGCAGCGGACCCCUGGCCGAACGUGUCGGACUCGGCCAAGGACCUCGUGAAGCGCAUGCUGCACCCCGACCCCGCUCAGCGCAUCUCCUCUGCUGAUGUGCUCCGCCACCCGUGGCUGUCCCACGAGAAGCAGUCUGAUAAGCCGCUGGGAGAGGCGGUGCUGAAGCGAAUCAAGAAGUUCUCUGCGGCCAACAAGAUGAAGAAGCUGGCGCUCAAGGUGAUCGCAUGCAACCUGAGCCGUGAGGAGAUCCUGGGACUGAAGAAGCUGUUCAAGGGGAUGGACAAGGACGGCAGCGGCAGCAUCACGUUUGCUGAGCUCAAGACCGGCAUGCAGAAGCUGGGUAACCCCAUGUCGGAGGAGCAGCUUCAGCAGAUCAUGGAGGCGGCGGACAUGGACCACAGCGGCACCAUUGACUACACGGAGUUCAUCACGGCAACGAUGCAGAUGAACAAGGUGGAGAAGGAGGAGCACAUCUGGAAGGCCUUCCAGCACUUCGACCGCGAUGGCAGCGGAUUCAUCACAGUGAGUGAGCUGAGGGACGCCCUGGCGAAUGAGGACAUGCUGGAGCCGGGUGAGCUGGAGCAGAUCAUCGAAGAGGUGGACACGGAUAAGAGCGGCACGAUCGACUACGAGGAGUUUGCAGCCAUGAUGAGGAAACAAGAUCAGGAGACAGCCGGCGCACAGAAGCAGAGGCGGACCCGCACCCUGGUGCUGGUGCAUUCGCUGAAGCGCACAGGCACGCCGCAUGACGUGGUGGUGCUGACGAUGAAUGUGAGUGACGGCACGGCUGCGCGGCUGCAGCUGCUGGGAGCAAGAGUAAAGCAGAUUGAAGAGGCCAUCCCUUACCCCUUCCCGGCCACACCCAACAGAGUCGCCAUCAACAAGCCGUGCAGGUGGGUGCAGAGCGGUGCAGGGGGUUGCCAUGCGUCUUCCCACCCUUCCUCUGUCGCCCAUCUCCCCCAACCUUUCCACCCCAUCAGGUAUUCCAAGCUGUGGAUGUGGACUCUCACAGAGUACCACAGUCUAGUGUAUGUCGACGCUGACCUGCUCGUACUAGCCAGUCUGGACGACCUCUUCUGCCGCUAUGAGCUGACUGCUGCGCCACUUCACCCCACCCCUUGCUCCCCAACAACCCCCUCCCAUCAGGUACUCCAACCUGUGGAUGUGGAAUCUCAUCUCACAGAGUAUUCCAAGCUGUGGAUGUGGACUCUUACAGAGUACCACCGUCUCGUCUACGUCGAUGCGGACCUGCUUGUAUUGAGCAGCCUCGACGAGCUCUUUUGUCGCGAUGAGCUCUCAGCUGCACCGGACACCAUCCCUCCUGACCGCUUCAACAGCGGCUUGAUGGUGGUGGCGCCUAGCGACGACACGUUCAGGGAUAUGCUGAGCAAGGUAGCCACCACCAAAUCACCCAACGUGGGCGAUCAGGGCUUUCUCAACAAUUACUACUCAGACUGGUACCUGCAAGGCCCCUCCCACCACCUGCCCUACGCCUUCAACCCACUCGUCCGCCUCAGCGGGUGGGAGGGGUGGGAGCGGUUUGUGCAGCCGCAGCUGAGAGUGCUGCACUUCUCUGGGAGCACCAAGCCCUGGAACACCAUGGAGGACAAGCAGUUCCCCACCACUCGCAGUUUAGAUCACAUAUGGCUUGCCGCACACAACGAUAUGCUGAAGGCCCUUGCAAAAGCCAUGGCUGCUGCAAAGGCUGCUGGAAAUAGUGGUGGCAGCAGCAGCACUGGCGCAAGUGAGCCUGCUGGUAGGGAUGCAGCAGCAGGGAAUGGGGAUGGUGGAGUUGAGAGCAUCGGGGCGAGCGGGGAGACCAUCGGGGCGAGCGGUGAAUACGCCCCGCUCUCUUCCGUCUGCCAAGAGGAGGGUCCGACCACCAAUGGCAGUGUUCGUUACGAUAAGCUCACCGUGGUGCUCACAGCAACAGGCGCCCCACAGCAGACCAUGCAAGCCAUACGCCACUACACCUCAGCGCCUGUGGUUCGAGACAUCUUCGUCCUUCUCUCCGAUGACAACCCACUUGCAACAAGCAGUGACAGCAGCACCUUUCCUCUGGUGCAGGGCGAGAGGCCUGUUGUUCUUCUCCCUCUCCGCAACCCGCCAGCGACUGCUCGCUUCAGACCCAUUCUGUCACUAACUACUGCUGCCGUGCUAGUAAUCGAAGACACCAUGCUGGUCCCCCCUGCUCUCCUCGCCACAUCCCUCCUGCGAUGGCGGGAAACACCCAACCGACUGCACGGCUUCCUCCCAUCCGCCCACUUCCGCCUCUCCAAGGGCGCCCUCAAAGGGCGACUGGCCGUGCAUGCUUCCCUGGGGCCAGGAAGGGACUACUCAGUGGUCACUGGUGCGCUGCUGCUGCAUAGAAACUACCUGCACUAUUUUAGCUGUACUAUGAGAGAAGAGGCGAGGCGGUAUUUGGAGGGAGGACAUGAGGGAGAGGGUGGGGGAGGGAGUGAGGGAGGGAGUGAGGGAGGGAGUGAGGGAGGGAGUGAGGGAGGAAGUGGGGGAGGGAGUGAAGGCGGUCUGACCAAUCCGGCAGCGAGAGCGUGUGCUGACGUGGCGAUGAACAUGCUGGUGACUCAUCUGUCUGACCUGCCACCUUUGACAAUCUACGACUCAACACAGGAGGUGCAAGGGCCCUUUCCCUUGCCGCCUGCUCCUGCCAUCCCCAAGGUUCGUGUGCCCCCGGCGCCCCUCCUCUUCUCCCCCAUUCUUAACGCCUUCCUGUCAACCACCCUCCUCCACCUCAUCCCCCGCCGCUACCGCCGCUUCCUCCCUGCUUUAAAGAGCACCCACCCGCGCGUGCUGUUUGUUCCGGGGGAUGCUGCUCCCAAACAUGCCGUGUGCCUGCGGGUAUCACCAACAGCAUCAUCAUCGGCAUCACCCCAAGAGUCUGAACCAGCAGUGGAGCUCUCUCUCUCCGAAGCCAUCUCCUCCCCCGUCACCGCACUCCACCUCUCCAGAACCACUGUGUUCGCCUCCACACCAUCCACCACCACCAUCAUAAGCCCACCCAGCAGCAGCACAGGGAAAGGGGAUAUCACUAAUAUGCUCAAGGGGAUGGAUGGAGAUGGAGGUAUCGGGGCGGUGCUAGGGUUUGAUGAUCCGUUUGCCGUGUUCCAUCUGGCGUCGAGAUUAGCUGCGUGGAGGAGGUCGGAGGGAUGCUUUGCUCCCUCCCGCCUUGUGCUCUUUCAUGGCGAUAGACUGCAACAAACAGCACCGCAUACCCCCCAUCCUGUUCUGCCUGCUGCUGCUGCUGCUGGUGUUGAUGAUGGUGGUGGUGGCAGCGGUGGUGGCAGCGGUGGUGGCGGCAGCAUUGGCAGCGGAGAUGGCGACAUGGGAUCGGGAUCGGGAUGUGAUAGCCAUGCUGCUAUCAUCCGUUCUGCGCUGCGCCUUACAUGUCGCCUCCAGCCGCCCACCCGCUCCUCUCUAACGAUCCUCAUAGCGGGUUCAGAUGCCGCAUGGAGACAACACAUACCAGCCCCCCUGCACCCCGCCAACUUGACUGCCGCCCUGCACAAGGAGUGCACACGCACACAUCUGCCCUGCCAAGUGCUGCGAGCACAGGGGGAUGGCCCGUGCAGUGAUCAGGACACGGGAGCAUACCGCUCGCCGGAAGAAGGCCAUCGCCGUCGCGAAGAUCGUGGCCGCGGGCGUGGUCUGGAGGAGCUCUUCUCGGGUCGCCAAGGCGAUCUCGAUGUGGACGGAGAAGAGGAGAACGAAUCUGCGAAUAAGACGCAGGAGCCGGAUCGUGAAGGCGAGACCAAGGGCGAUGAAGCGAUCCAGGAGGAAGACGCAGGCGAGCAGCGUGAGAUGCCCGCUGGAGCUAAUGACGACGACCCCGCGCAAGCGGGCGUGGCGGCGAAGCCGAGCGCGACGGAGGCGGACGGACAGAGCGGACGAAAUCUGCCGCACGUCAGAGAGGAAGUUGACGGAGAGGGGCGCGGCAGUGGCGGACGCUCCCCAGAUCCGCGUCGGCGACGUGAUGGAGAACGCGGCGGUGGCAUGCGCUCGCCUGAUCCGCGGCUGAAUCGCGACGGAGGACGCACGGUGGUGGACGCUCGCCAGAAUCGCGGCGGAGCCGUGAAGGGGAGCGCGGGGGCGGCAUGCGCUCGCCAGAUCCGCGGCGGCACCAUGACGGUGGGCACUGGGGCAGAGCGCGCUCACCGGAUUCCCAGAGGUAUCGCUAGUGGAGGAGCGGGGGGGAUCGGUGCUCACCUGGUCCGUAUUAUCCUGGCGAGGAGAGACGGGGAGGCGGCUACCGCUCGCCUGAUCCGCAGCGCUAUUAUGGAGAGAGGCGUGGGAGCGGGGCGCGCUCGCCUGACUUGCGCAUGCAGCACGAAGGAGGCCGGGAAGGCGGAUUCGGUUCGCAGCAACGAUAUGACAGCAGAGAUGAAAGACGCGGAGGGGGAUCUCGCUCCCCUGGCCGGUAUCAGCGGCAUGAUGGAAGGCGUGCCGAUGCGGCAGGGCGAGACCAACCCGACAGUCGAGAGGGAGGCAGUGGGCUGA